AGCCCGCUUUCUAAUUUAUCUAUUUUUUGUCGGUGGGGGCGUAAAACGUCUCACUACAUUUUUUAUAUUGAUUAGCUGUGGCACGAUCUCACAGGUGUGGUCAACUCCGCCCUCCAGGUUACACUUUCUGCAGAAUACGUGUGACGUCACGAUGAGAAUGAUCACAGCUGGAUAAAAUCACAAAGAUAGCGCAGAUAACAACAAUUGGGAAAAUUAGUUCUAAAUAUAGAAUCAUAGCCAAAACGUAUAUAAUAAGCCAGUAUAGAGUCUCAGACAGUCAGUAGCAACCUGCAGGCAAAUCAAGCAGACACAGUUCCAGAGAUCUCCUCUAUACUCGAUUGUUGCAGUCAACCGGAAGCAAGACCUGUCGAACAAGCAACAUGGCGGCCCUCUCUCAGAUCGUGAUCCCGGUUCUAGUGCUUGUGCUCACCGCUGUAUCCCGCUCUACCGCCUUCCCUAGUGGAUACAAAUACAACUUUACUACACAGACAAACAGCAGCGUAGGAAAUUCAAGUUCUCUAGAAUCGCCAAGUGGGAUUUAUAUAUCUGGAAACUUCUCUUCUGGAAAUGCCACAAAUGGAAACGUGUCUACAUCUUAUGCCAUAUAUACUACAAGUGGAGAUUUCUCCACUGGAAACUUCUCUUCGGGAAAUGCAUCAAGUGGAAACUGGUCAAGAACUUUCGCCGGAAAUACUACAAAUGGAAAUUUCCCUUCUGGAACUCUGACUGCAGGAAAUACCACGAGUGGAAAUUGGUCUAGAUCUUUUACCAGAAACACUACUAGUGGAAACGUCUCUUCUGGAAACUUCUCUUCUGGAAAUGCCUCUUCAGUAAAUGUCUCUUCUGGAAAUUUCUCUUGUGGAAACUUCUCUUCUGGAAACUUAUCUAGAAACGUCUCUUCUGGAAAUGCCUCUUCAGUAAAUGUCUCUUCUGCAAACUUCUCUGGAAAUGCCUCUUCUGUAAAUGUCUCUUCUGGAAGCUUCUCUUUUGGAAAUAUCUCUUCUGGAAACUUCUCUGGAAACAUCUCUUCUGGAAACGUCUCUUCCGGAAAUGUCUCUUCUGGAAACUUCUCUGGAAACGUCUCUUCUGGAAAUGUUUCUUCUGGAAAUGCCUCUUCUGGAAACUUCUCUUUUGGAAAUAUCUCUUCUGUAAAUGUCUCUUCUGGAAACUUCUCUGGAAAUGCCUCUUCUGUAAAUGUCUCUUCUGGAAACUUCUCUUCUGGGAACUUCUCUUCUGGAAAAAUCUCAACUGGAAACGUCUCUUCUAGAAACUUCAAUUUUGGAAACAUCUCCUCUGAAAACUUUUCAAGAAACGUCUCUUCUGGAAAUGUCUCUUCUGAAAAUGUCACUUCUGGAAAUGUCUCUUCUGGAAACUUCUCUUUUGGAAAUAUCUCUUCUGUAAAUGUCUCUUCUGGAAACUUCUCUUCUGGAAACUUCCCUUCUGGAAACUUCUCUUCUGGAAACGUCUCUUCUGGAAACGUCUCUUCUGGAAACUUCUCUUCUGGAAACUUCUCUUCUGGAAACGUCUCUUCUGGAAUCUUCUCCGGAAACGUUUCUUUAAACGUCUCUUCUGGAAAGAUAUCUUCUGGAAACUUCUCUGAAAACUGUUCUCCUGGAAAUGUCUCUUCUGGAAACCUUUCUUCUGGAAAUGUCUCUUCUGAAAACUUCUUUUCUGGAAACGUCUCUUCUGGAAAUGUUCCUAGAAACGUCUCUUCUGGAAACAUCUUUUCUGGAAAUUUCUCUGGAAACUUCUCUUCUGGAAACUUCUCUUCUGUAAAUGCCUCCUCUGUAAGUGUCUCUUCUGUAAAUGUCUCUUCUGGAAACUUCUCUUCUAGAAACGUCUCUUCUGGAAACUUCUCUGAAAACAUCUCUCCUGGAAAUGUCUCUUCUGGAAACCUCUCUUCUGAAAAUGUUUCUUCUGGAAACUUCUCUUUUGGGAACUUCUCUGGAAACGUCUUUUCUAGAAACUUCUCGUCUGGAAACUUCUCUUCAGGAAAUUUCUCUUCUGGAAGCGUCUCUUCUGGAAACGUUUCUUUUGGGAACAUCUUUUCUGAAAAUUUCUCUGGAAACUUCUCUUCUGGAAACUUCUCUUUUGUAAAUGCCUGUUCUGGAAAUGUCUCUUCUGGAAACUUCUCUUCUGUAAAUGCCUGUUCUAGAAAUGUCUCUUCUAGAAACUUCUCUUCUGUAAAUGUCUCUUCUGGAAACGUCUCUUCUAGAAACUUCUCUGGAAACGUCUCUUCUGGAAACGUCACUUUCGGAAAUGUCUCUUCUGGAAACUUCUCUGGAAACUUCUCUUAUGGAAACAUCUCUUCUGGAAACGUCACUUCCGGAAAUGUCUCUUCUGGAAACUUCUCUGGAAACGUCUCUUCUGGAAAUGUCUCUUCUGGAAACAUCUCCUCUGGAAACUUCUCUUCAGGAAGCUUCUUUGGAAAUGUCUCUUCUGGAAACGUCUCUUCUGGAAACGUCUCUUCUGGAAACUUCUCUGGAAACUUCUCUUAUGGAAACAUCUCUUCUGGAAACGUCACUUCCGGAAAUGUCUCUUCUGGAAACUUCUCUGGAAACGUCUCUUCUGGAAAUGUCUCUUCUGGAAACAUCUCCUCUGGAAACUUCUCUUCAGGAAGCUUCUUUGGAAAUGUCUCUUCUGGAAACGUCUCUUCUGGAAACGUCUCUUCUGGAAACUUCUCUGGAAACGUCUCUGGAAAUGUAUCUUCUGUAAACGUCUCUCUUGGAAACUUCUCUGGAAACGUCUCUUCUGGAAACUUCUCUUCUGUUGUCAACUCGACCGUAAUGCAAGUUCCAGCAAGAAAUGUCACCAGUGGUAAUUCUUCAGGUCUUCCCUCUGCGAACUACACGAAUGGCAACCAGUCUCUGAACAGUGGAUUCAUAAUACUGGGGUGAAGACUUCACUCGAAAACCUACGAAGAACAAUUAAGAUCUGAAAUGUGCUCUUUUUUAAUGUUCUCAUUUAUUUUUUUAUUUCGCUUUGUAAUACAUACAUGUGGUAGUGGUACUUUUAUCUAUGUUUCAAAUGGAAAAAAAAUACCACGUCGGUACAUUUUUCACUUUAUGAAAGCUGAUGGAAAUAAAUGUCUCUUGUGAUAAAAUA